GCCGCUGCUCAGAGCUACGAUGGCGGCGCCGGUGGCAGCUGUAGCCCGGCGGCUGCGGCGGCCCAUUCGAAGGUCGCCCGCAUGGCAAGGCCCCAGCCGUCGGCCAGCCUCCACCAAGCCGCCUCCAGCCCAGAGCUCCGCCGUGAGGGACGCCUUCCUGAGCUUCUUCCGGGAUCGCCACGGCCACCGCUUGGUACCCUCUGCCUCCGUGCGGCCCCGCGGCGACCCGAGUCUGCUGUUCGUCAACGCGGGCAUGAACCAGUUCAAGCCCAUCUUCCUGGGCACUGUGGAUCCUCGAAGUGAGAUGGCAGGCUACCGGCGUGUGGCCAACAGCCAGAAAUGUGUGCGAGCUGGAGGACGCCAUAAUGAUCUGGCAGAUGUGGGUCGAGACCUUUCCCAUCAUACCUUCUUUGAGAUGCUUGGCAAUUGGGCCUUCAGGGGUGAAUAUUUUAAGGAAGAGGCUUGCAGCAUGGCCUGGGAACUUCUGACUCAAGUCUACAGGAUUCCUGAGGAUAGGCUUUGGGUCUCCUACUUUGGUGGAGAUCCCAAAAUAGGACUGGACCCAGACCUGGAGAGCAGGGACAUCUGGCUCAGCUUAGGGGUGCCUGCCAACCGUGUACUUUCCUUUGGACCACAGGAGAACUUCUGGGAGAUGGGGGACACUGGCCCUUGUGGGCCCUGUACUGAGAUCCACUAUGACCUGGCUGGUGGGGUGGGAGCCCCUCAGCUGGUGGAACUUUGGAAUCUGGUAUUCAUGCAGCACAACAGAGAGGCCGACAGAAGCCUACAGCCCCUGCCCCAUCGACACGUGGACACAGGAAUGGGCCUAGAAAGGCUGGUGGCCGUGCUGCAAGGCAGGUGCUCCACCUAUGACACUGACCUCUUCUCCCCGCUUCUCAAUGCCAUUCACCAGAGCUGUGGGGCACCCCCUUACUCAGGCCGGGUAGGAGCAGCAGACGAGGGACGCAUAGACACAGCGUAUCGCGUGGUGGCUGACCACAUCCGCACACUCAGUGUCUGCAUUGCCGAUGGCGUCUCCCCAGGAAUGUCAGGUGCCCCGUUGGUUCUUCGUCAGAUUCUUCGGCGAGCUGUGCGCUUCUCCACGGAGGUCUUACGAGCACCACCUGGCUUCCUGGGCAGCUUGGUGCCAGUGGUGGUGGAGACACUGGGGAACACUUAUCCUGAACUGCAGAAGAACUCAGCGCAGAUAACCAACCUAGUGUCAGAGGACGAGGCAACUUUCCUGGCCUCCCUGCAGCGGGGCCGGCAGAUCAUUGACCGAGCUCUGAGGCGCCUGGGGCCUUCUGAUUUGUUCCCUGCUGAAGUGGCCUGGUCCUUAUCACUGUCUGGGGACCUGGGGCUCCCCCUGGACCUGGUGGAGCUGAUGCUGCAGGAGAAGGGGGUGAAGCUGGACUUUGCGGGGCUGGAACGACUGGCCCAAGAGGAGGCCCAGCACCGGGCUCAGCGCACUGAGCCAGAGCAAGAGCAAGGACUGCACCUCAAUAUCCAUGCACUGGGGGAGCUGCAACGCCAAGGGGUGCCCCCAACCGAUGACAGCCCCAAGUACAGCUACUCCCUGCAACCUGAUGGGGGUUAUGAGUUUGGCACGUGUGAGGCCCAGGUAUUGCGGCUGUAUGCAGAGGACGGGACAGCUGUGGCUUCUGUGGGGGCAGGCCAGCGUUGUGGCUUCCUCCUGGACAGGACCAACUUCUAUGCUGAACAAGGGGGUCAGGCUUCUGACCGAGGCUACCUGGUGCGGGUGGGACAGCAGGAUGUGCUGUUCCCCGUGGCCCGGGCCCAAGUCUUCGGGGGCUUUGUCCUGCAUGAGGCAGUGGCCCCUGAAUGCCUGCAAGUGGGGGACCAGGUGCAGCUUCAUGUGGAUAAGGCCUGGCGUCUGGGCUGCAUGGAGAAGCACACGGCUACCCACCUCCUGAGCUGGGCUCUGCGGCAAACCUUGGGCCCCAACACAGAGCAGCGGGGCUCCCAUCUCAAUCCGGAACGACUGCGCUUUGAUGUGGCCACCCAGGCCCCACUGACCCCAGAGCAGCUCCGGAGAAUAGAAGAUACUGUGCAGGAAGCCGUGGGGCAGGACGAGGCUGUAUACAUGGAGGAGGUACCUCUGGCGCUCACUGCCCACAUCCCUGGCCUGCGCUUUCUGGAUGAGGUGUACCCAGACCCAGUGCGGGUGGUGUCCGUGGGGGUACCUGUGGCCCGUGCGUUGGACCCCGCCUCCCAGGCUGCACUGCAGACCUCCGUGGAGCUCUGCUGUGGGACGCACCUGCUACGCACAGGGGAUGUGGGGGACUUGGUUAUCAUCGGGGAGCACCAGCUCACCAAAGGCACCACUCGUCUGCUGGCCAUCACCGGGGAGCAGGCCAAGCAGGCCCGAGAAGUGGGCCAGAGCCUCACCCAGGAGGUGGAAGCAGCCACAGAGCGACUGAGUCGAGGCACCCAGGACCUGGGGGAGGCACAGCGGCUAUCCAAGGACAUGGGACGGCUCACGGAGGCUGUGGACACUGCCAUGAUGCCCCAGUGGCAGCGGCGGGAGCUUCAGGCCACAUUGAAGGUGCUCCAGCGUCGCGCCAACACAGCCAUCCGCAAGCUGGAGAUGGGCCAGGCUGCAAAGAAAUCCGAGGAGCUGCUCAAGAGGCACACGAAGGGGCCUCUGAUUGUGGACACAGUCCCUGCCGAGUCCCUAUCAGUGCUGGUGAAGGUGGUGCGGCAGCUGUGCACACAGGCCCCCAGCACGUCCGUGCUCCUUCUCAGCCCUCAGCCAGUGGGCAGCGUGCUGUGUGCCUGUCAGGUGGCCCAGGGUGCCACACCCACCUUCACGGCAGAGGCAUGGGCGCUGGCCGUGUGCAGCCACAUGGGGGGCAAGGCCUGGGGCUCUCGAGUGGUGGCCCAGGGCACUGGAAGCACCACAGACCUGGAAGCUGCCCUCAGGACAGCCCGAACCUACGCCCUUAACCAGCUCUGACCCAGGUCCUCCCUGGCACCCACAUGGACUAAAGGCACGCAGCUGGCACCCUGAAAGGGCCAGCAGAACCUCCAGGAAGCUGAAGCAGAGAGGAUUCGAGGCUGGAGGCCAAGUGGCUGAGCGGAAUUGGGCCACCUCGUCUGGGCCCUGCAUGACACGAGGAGACAUGGGCCAGGGGAAGUAGAAGUGGGCCCAGAGACACACCAUCCCCACCCAACGUGAAGACAAGAGCUGUUGUGGCUGUGAUUGCUUAUUAAAAAGUACUUCACGGGCUGGGGAUGAUGUGGCUCAAGCGGUAGCACGCUCGUCUGGCAUGCGUGCGACCUGGGUUUGAUACUCAGCACCACAUACAAAGAUGUUGUGUCCGCCGAAAACUAAAAAAUAAAUAUUAAAAUUUUCUCUCUCUCUCUCU